UCUCUCUCUCUCUCUACUCUCACUCUCUCAUAUACACAGCUCGAUCAUCAUGACUGUUGAAACUCUACUCUCGACUCAGCCGGAUAGCGAGCGUCAGCCCACGCUCUGACCGAAGACAGACCUUUAGGGAACUCUGUCCACCGGAUCAACUAUAUGUCGGGGCUUCUUCUUAACAUUAGAUGAAUGGCAGCGUUUGGCAAAAGUAGCUAUUAAACUUGUAAUAUGUUGCAUAGGCUUCCUUUAAAUUCAAAUCUACCGGAUAUUAAACACAAAGACAGCAAAUAAAGCUCCUACCGCGCCAGAGAACCGGGGUACUCUCACUCUCUCAUAUACACAGCUCAAUCAUCAUGACUGUUGAAUGCCCAGAAACUCAAGGUAGUGAAAUCAUCUUCUACUUUAAUCGUGAUUUGGCAGUUCAUUUAAUUGAAAGACUUGGCUUCAAUGAAUGCAGAUGAGCAACACAAUGAGCCAAAGAGCUCUUAUUUCAACUUACGAGCAUUGGAUAUUUCUAUUGCAUUCCCCCAAGCGACUCCGGCAUCCAUCUUUCCUCCUUGCACUUCGGACUAUUUUCAGUUAGAUGACCUAUUGACUCCUGAAGAACAGUCUAUCAGGAUGAAAGUAAGAGAGUAUAUGGAAAAAGAAAUAGCUCUGAUAAUGGUGAAGUACUGGGAGAAGGCAGAAUUUCCAUUUGAUGUUCUUCCAAAGCUUGCUGCCCUAGGUAUUGCUGGUGGCUCAAUUAAGGGUUAUGGGUGUCCAGGUCACUCCAUUACAGCAAGUGCCAUAACCAUGGCAGAAAUUGCCAGAGUUGAUGCAAGCUUCUCUCUUUUUUUUAUGGUGCAUUCUUCUUCGGCAAUGAAAACUAUCGCACUAGCAGGAUCUGAAACACAGAAGCAGAAAUAUUUACCUUCACUGGCACAAUUAAAAACUAUAGGUUCUUGGGGUUUGACUGAACCUGGCUAUGGAAGUGAUGCAAGUUCUCUAAAAACAACAGCGACAAAGGUUACAGGAGGUUGGAUCCUUGAAGGUCAAAAGCGCUGGAUAGGAAACAGCACUUUUGCAGAUGUGUUGGUUAUUUUUGCUAGGAACACAACAACAAAACAGAUAAAUGGAUUUCUGGUAAAGAAGGAUGCCCCUGGACUGCAAGCUACUAAAAUUGAAAAUAAGAUUGGCAUGCGGAUGGUCCAAAAUGGAGAUAUUCUCCUUAAGAAAGUUUUUGUUCCUGAUGAGGACAAAUUACCUGGUAUCAAUUCUUUUCGGGACACAAACAAGGUCCUUGCUUCUGCACGUCUCAUGGUUGCUUGGCAACUUAUUGGCAUUCCAAUAGGUGUCUAUGAUAUGUGUCACAGGUACUUGCAAGAGAGGAAACAGUUCGGAGUGCCAUUGGCAGCUUUCCAAAUUUCCCAGCAGAGACUAGUUCAAAUGUUGGGUAAUAUUCAAGGAAUGAUUCUAAUGGGUUGGCGCCUUUGUAAGUUGUUUGAGAAGGGAACAGUGACUGUUGGUCAAGUUAGCUUAGGAAAGUCUUGGAUUAGCUUGAAAGCAAGGGAGACUGUAGCUCUUGGGCGGGAGUUACUUGGUGGCAAUGGAAUCUUGACGGACUUCCACGUUGCAAAGGCAUUUUGUGACUUGGAGCCGAUUUACACAGGCGAAGGCACUUAUGACAUCAACACAUUGGUUACAGGCAGGGAAAUCACCGGGAUUUCUAGUUUCAAGAUAGCCGCAUUGACACAACAAAGUUGCCUGUAAUGUUGUAGAAUACUUUUCUUUUAGCUAAUACAUAAAUAUUUUGAGAAGAGGGUAAAAAGUUGGCCUUUUGAUUUUUUUUUUGGAUUUUUGACUUUUUUAUAUGAGAGGAGAAGUGGAUUAAAAAUUGAGAAGCGGCACUUAAUCCACUUCCCAAAAUGAGCUAUAAUAAAAUGUCUUGCUUCUUGCCAGGGGUGGAACUACAUAAAUCAAAUAAAGAAAGAGUUGUUUGAUUA